GGGGAAGCCGCUGCCUGCCCCCUUCGCCUUCCCUUCUCUCCUGUUCCCUGCGACCGCGACCGCGACCGCGGAGCAGCACCAUGUGGGCGCCGGAGGCCGAACUCGGUAAAAAAGCUCAACUCCAACCACGACGGGUCCGGCGAGACCGCAGAAAAAGAACAGCAAGAAGCGACUGAACUUAUAGAUGAAAUACAGAGUGAAAUCGACAUGCUUAAUGAACAAGCCGGCAAGGAGAUCCUGAAAAUCGAAAAGAAAUACAACAAACUCCGCCAACCGUUUUUUCAGAAGAGGUCGGAAGCGAUCGCCAAAAUCCCAAAUUUUUGGGUAACAACAUUCGUCAACCAUCCACAAGUGUCUGCGCUGCUUGGGGAGGAGGAUGAAGAGGCGCUGCGUUAUCUGACAAGAGUUGAAGUGGCAGAAUUUGAAGAUACCCGGUCAGGUUACAAAAUAGAUUUCUAUUUUGAUGAAAACCCUUACUUCGAAAAUAAAGUUCUCUCCAAGGAAUUUCACCUGAAUGAGAGUGGUGAUGCAUCUUUGAAGUCCACCGAAAUCACAUGGAAAUCUGGAAAGGAUCUGACGAAACGUUCAAGUCAGGCACCGAACACGGGCAGCAGGAAGAGAAAGUAUGAGGAACCUGAGAGCUUUUUCGCCUGGUUCACUAACCAUCCUGAUGCAGACAUGGAUGAGUUAGGCGAGCUCAUCAAAGAUGAUAUUUGGCCAAAUCCACUGCAGUACUACUUGCUUCCUGAUACGGAUGAUGACGAUGAAGAAUUAGAAGACGAAGAAGAAGAGGAAGAAGAAGAAAAGGAAGAGGAAGAAGAAGAAGAAGAGAAAGAAGAAGAAGAACGGAAAGGAGAAGAAGAGGAGAAGAAAGAGGAAGAAGAAGGUGAAGAUGAUGAUAAGGGGGAGAAAGGCGAGCCGGAUGACGACAAAGGUGACUAAUGGAACGCGGAUGGAUGCCAACCUUCCUUUUUCAGUUUUCUCCAGUCUCUGGGAGCAACUU